AAUGAUUUCCUGACACUGACGAUGCGUAGCCGCGUAGGGGCGAAUGUGGAAAGCUGUUUGGAGUACGAAGGAAAUAACCCGGAGCCACAGACACCGAAUAUGCAACGGUUUCGUCGUCGGACCAGGAAAGUGUAAAAUAGGCUAUCGGAAUGCAAGUUGUAGGAGUUAUCGUGAGUUUUCAUGAAACUGCGGUCGAUGGCGGGGGAUUGUUUUGGAAGAGCGCGCUAAAGCGUGGGUCACCUACUUGACGGAUUUGCCUGCGCACCGUUCGACACGCCAACUCGAGUGUUUAAACACUGGUCACACGAAGACUACCGUCUCAAAGACUGAGAUUUCUUGUCGACCGAAGACUUGGCUACCUGUGGAGAAUAGCCUAUAGUUUCUGGACUUGUCCAACUAUCAUGCCUACUCUCAGCUCGAAAAGUAGGCAGAAUGCAGUGGAAGCGGUUGAGGAUAGAGGCAGUAACAGAGAUCCUCUCGAUACUACGGCCAAAAAGAUGUUGAAAUGUGUUGUGGUCGGCGAUGGAGCUGUGGGCAAAACCUGUUUGCUGAUGAGUUACGCAAAUGAUGCUUUUCCCGAGGAAUAUGUACCCACUGUAUUCGAUCACUACGCAGUGAAUGUAACAGUAUCUGGGAGGCAGCACUUACUGGGAUUGUACGAUACUGCUGGACAAGAGGAUUACAACCAGCUGCGGCCCCUCUCCUACCCCAACACAGACGUCUUUCUCAUCUGCUUCUCUGUUGUGAAUCCAGCUUCCUAUCACAAUGUGCAGGAGGAAUGGGUACCUGAGCUCAUAUCCUGCAUGCCUCACGUGCCCUAUAUCCUCAUUGGAACACAGAUUGACUUGCGAGAUGACCCAAAGACACUAGCACGUCUGCUUCAGAUGAAGGAGAAGCCAUUGACCUAUGAGCAAGGCCUCAAACUAGCCAGAGAGAUUGGAGCCCAGUGUUAUCUAGAGUGUUCGGCACUGACUCAGAAGGGACUAAAGACAGUAUUUGAUGAGGCCAUCCUGACAAUCUUCAGCCCAAAGAAACAAAAACGGGGCUGCGCGGCCUGCAGGAGCUGUUGUGCUAUCGUGUGAGGAAGAUACAUCUCCAACUGUGAACGCCCACUCUCCUCCAAAGCUUUGGGCAGAGUAACAGACCCUAAACUGCCUCCAGUCUGCUGUACAUCCUUCCUUUCUCCAUCCGCCUGUUGUCCCUCAGGACAAUGAGCGGCCUUGCCCUCGGUUUGUGUGUCUCGAGGAGAGCUACACUGUCCAAAACAAGUGCCUUAAUUUCUCUCCACAUUGCCUUACAGUAUUCGCUUCUCAAGCCAAAGAAGUCUCAGAUGGGACUGCGGUUACUUGAACCAAUGUGGCACGACGUCGACAAUCACCAAUCAAACAUUUCAGAUUCAGCUCUGGGCCAUUGGAUUUUUUAAAAACCACUAUACUAUAGGGUUUCUCAAGGCUUAUGAAAAAAAUUUAAAUCCAUUCCUCCGUACAAGCUGGCUUUCUCUCAGUCACCUCAAAUCAAUAUUGCGCUCUUUCUGGAGUCAAUGCUUCAGCAGUUCGGGCUAGUAGUUAAUAAGGGAAAUUCUCUGGAGGACGGCCAACUCAUAAAUAGAUGUAGAACAUACAAAAAGAGAGAGACGAGAUUAAGAAAUGCAUCUUUACCACAAAUCCUUAGGUCAUUCAAAAUGAGCAACUUCAAAUAACACUGAUAAACUGCUACAGAACUACACAUCCAAAGAUACCUUAAAUAAUGUAUUAUUCAUUAAAAAGAUUGACAGUCAAGUACACUAUACUUAUAUAUUCGUGACAACAUUAGCCCAUGAAUCAUUCAUAUUUCCUUGUGUUUUCAAAGCUGAGAUACCCUGAAGUGUACUUAGUCACAUUUUUGUAAGCCAUCAGACCUUUAUCUCUAUGCACAGUGUAGGUGUAGAACAAUGAUGCCAUAUAAUGGUGUUGUAAUAGUUAUAUUUUUCAUACGCAUUUACAUUUUGAUUUUUAAAGGGGCCUGUAUUUUGUCUUCUCAAAUGACAAUUUAAAUUGUCAUUUGAGAAUUUUCCUCUAAUAAAAAUGAGCCGAUGGAAGACUAAAAGUAUGGAGAACUGUACUUGCCACUUAAAAUGAAGAAAUC